ACUAAGACAGCAGCAGGAGCAGCAGAGACAGAGAUCUGCAAUAGAUAAACACACAGACAGACUGGCACAGAGAGCACCCAGACAGCACAGCGGCACACUCCAAAGAAGAGACCAAAAGCAUCAUCAAAAUGGAGGAUCCUGACAUUAACAUCUCUCAUUGCUGCUUAUAAUGGCUUUACGUUAGGUUCUAAUCAUUUUUUGAUUGGAGAGGGGGCAAUAGCUUUACUAGAAAAAAACAGGUGUUCCCUUUAAGAGGGGGAAGGAGCCGGGACAAGGACCAAGGACAGCAUCUUCUCUCCUCUCUCUUUCCCUCUCUCCCCUCCAUCUCUCGACUAGGGUUUAGGUCCCAUCACUGCUGAGGACGUGUAAGUGAGCUGACCAGUGGAAGGAUUCCUUUUUGACCCUCUGCCUACCGGACACCUAGCUGGUAUGGAUGGGAGUCCGGAGAGGCCUUACCUUGUCUGAGAGAGCCUUAUGAAAAACAGACACAAUGGACAUCAAAGGCCAGUGCUGGACGGAUGAGGAGUCGGACGGAGAGAAUGAGUCAGAGCAGUUCCUCUAUGGGAUUCAGGGGAGCUGUGCCGCUGAUCUGUACCGCCACCCUCAGCUGGAUGCAGACAUCGAGGCGGUGAAGGAUAUCUACACUGACAGCGCUGUCUCUGUCAGAGAGUAUGGCACCAUCGAUGAUGUGGAUAUUGAUCUGCAGAUCAAUAUCAGUUUUCUAGAUGAGGAAGUUGCAACAGCCUGGAAGGUCAUCAGAACAGAGCCUAUCAUUCUGAGACUGCGCUUCUCUCUCUCUCAGUACCUAGAUGGACCUGAGCCAUCAGUGGAGGUGUUCCAGCCCUCCAAUAAAGAGGGCUUCAGUCUGGGCCUGCAGCUUAAGAAGAUCCUCAGCACGUUCACGGCUCAGCAGUGGAAGCACCUUAGUAAUGAGUUCUUGAAGGCCCAGCAGGAGAAGAGACACAGCUGGUUCAAGGCUGGAGGGACCAUCAAGAAGUUCAGAGCUGGACUCAGCAUCUUCUCUCCCAUCCCCAAGUCCCCUAGUUUCCCUCUGAUCCAGGACACGGUUCUAAAGGGGAAGCUAAGUGUUCCAGAGCUGAGGGUGACCCGGCUGAUGAACCGCUCCAUCUCUUGCACCAUGAAGAACCCCAAGGGAGAACUGUUCAGCUACCCCCCCAACAGCCAGACUGUGGCUGUUCCGGCGGCCAGGGCUCCAGCGCAGAUUACCACGCGGCAGCUGAUUGAAUUGUUUUUCUCAUCCCAGGCGGGCGGACACUGCAAGAACAUCCCUACCUUGGAGUAUGGCUUCUUAGUACAGAUCAUGAAGUACUCGGAGCAGAGGAUCCCGACUCUCAAUGAAUACUGUGUUGUCUGCGAUGAGCAGCACGUCUUUCAGAACGGAUCCAUGUUGAAGCCUGCUGUGUGCACUCGGGAGCUGUGCGUAUUCUCCUUCUACACCCUGGGUGUGAUGUCAGGGGCCGCUGAGGAGGUGGCCACUGGAGCAGAGGUGGUGGACCUGUUAGUGGCGAUGUGCAGAGCAGCUCUGGAGUCCCCCAGGAAGAGCAUCAUAUUUGAACCUUACCCUUCUGUCGUGGACCCCAAUGACCCCAAGACCCUGGCCUUCAACCCCAAGAAGAAGAACUAUGAGAGACUGCAGAAGGCGCUGGACAGUGUGAUGUCCAUCAGGGAGAUGACCCAGGGCUCCUAUCUGGAGAUUAAAAAACAGAUGGACAAACUGGAUCCUCUGGCCCACCCUCUACUGCAAUGGAUCAUAUCCAGCAAUCGGUCUCAUAUUGUCAAACUGCCUCUGAGUAGGCAACUUAAGUUCAUGCACACGUCCCACCAGUUCCUGCUACUCAGCAGUCCUCCAGCCAAGGAAGCGCGCUUCCGCACCGCCAAAAAACUUUACGGCAGCACCUUCGCAUUCCAUGGUUCCCAUAUAGAGAACUGGCACUCCGUUCUGAGAAAUGGACUAGUCAAUGCCUCUUACACCAAACUGCAGCUGCAUGGUGCAGCCUAUGGCAAGGGCAUCUAUCUGAGCCCCAUCUCCAGCAUCUCCUUUGGAUACUCAGGGAUGGGGAAAGGACAGCACCGAAUGCCCACCAAAGAUGAGCUGGUGCAACGCUACAACAGAAUGAACACUAUUCCUCAGAGCCGACCCAUUCAGUCAAGGUUUCUCCAGAGCCGGAAUCUGAACUGCAUUGCCCUGUGUGAAGUGAUCACAUCAAAGGACCUCCAGAAACACGGCAACAUCUGGGUGUGUCCGGUGUCCGACCAUGUCUGCACUCGCUUCUUCUUUGUCUAUGAGGAUGGCCAGGUGGGCGAUGCCAACAUCAACACGCAGGAGCCCAAAGUGCAGAAGGAGAUCAUGAGAGUGAUUGGAACCCAGAUCUACUCGAGCUAAUGGAGGCCCUAAUGCAGACACUCAGACAGGGGAGGAGCCGUGGUCACCAUAUCUAGUCACUUAGGCUGUCUCACUCUCUCUCUCUCUUUCUCUCUCUGUCCUUUUUUGUGUCUUUAUAUUCUUCAUUUCUUAAAAGAAAAAAAACGUUUGAACAGAAGCGGAACAUCAGAGUGGACUGUCUCACAUCAACACACACACGCCUACAUCUACACACACCCGCAGGUGCAUAGACACACGCACACACACAACUGCUCAAGCAGACACAUGUCAAUAUGUGUGCACGCACAGAUAAUACACACACACACAGACACAAACACACACGUCCCUUUCAGACGCAGCUCUUUCAUUUCCCCCGGGGUCACCUCCAGUUUCCUGCUUUCUCCGUCCCCCUCUCCUCUAUCCGCUGAAUCUGUGGAGCCUGUCACGUGUUCACACACACACACCCCCUCCUUGUGGAUGUCUAGACAGUGAGAAAGGAAUGGCUCCCAAUGGUUAUUAAAGCCCUCCCUUCAUUAUCAGUGAUGGAUUUACAUGCGUACAUUGCGUGCGUACAUUGCAUACAUUGCGUGCGCAAAGGCACUAUCUCACCGUGAUCUGUUGAUUUCCUUUUCUGUGAUUAAUGGCAGAGAGGGGGUUUUUCUGCCGGGGUUAGUGUCCUGCAGCACAGGGCCUGUGUCUGCAGGGAGCAGCAUGAACCACACCUCAGAGGGCGAGGAUCAAUCACACUCACACACACACUGGUACUGAAGUGCUUUUCAUCUUUAUGGUUUUAUCUCGGGGGAAUGACGUACCCUGUGCAGAAGAGACCCUGUUUAUCGAUUAGUUGUCUGUACAUGUAUGUGUGGCUUGUAUUACUCUGAACAUUGUUAGAUUGUACUGGAACAUUGCACUUCUUCAGCGUCCUGUCCAACCGGGAGAGAAACACACUUCAAAAUAUCCUUGCACCUUCAAACGUAUAGAUAGUAAGGGAAGUAGAGAGGUGGAGUUAGAGCUCAGUAAAAAAAAAACAAUACUUGAUGUCCUUCAUGCUAAAUGUCUACUUUAGGACAUACCUGUGUACUGUAAACUGCUUUU